UUAAACCCUGUGUUUUUGGCGCGUCUUUUCAGCCAAUCCAAUCGUCCAGCGCCGCGCCGUCUCGCAUUUUGCGUCAUCAAUGUGGGACCUGUUCUGACAGGCAACAUGGCUCACGUCACUGUUUGUGGAAGUUUCGAUAUUUUUGACUGAUCUCCUGCAACUGGGAGAAUGGCCAUGGAUAUGACCUUCCUCGGAACCGGGUCGGCUUAUCCGUCUCCUCACCGCGGCGCCUCGGCCGUGGUGCUGCGGACGGACGGGGAGUGCUGGCUGUUUGACUGCGGAGAGGGAACCCAGACCCAACUGAUGAAGAGCCAGCUCAGAGCCGGGCGCAUCACGAAGGUUUUCAUCUCCCACCUGCAUGGCGAUCACCUGUUCGGGUUGCCUGGUCUCCUCUGCACCGUGAGCCUCAACACUAACCCCGACGUCGAGCAGAGCCUGAAAUGUGUUGACAUCUACGGGCCCCGGGGCCUCAGGAAGUUUCUCAGGGUGACUCUUGGGCUCACAGGAUCUCAGCUGCUCUUCCCGUUUGCAGUGCAUGAGCUGGAGCCCACGCCAGACCAGAGUCCUGAAGAGGGACAGCUGAGUCUGGAGAUGACUGUGGACUGCAGCCCUCCCCAUCCACAGGAGCAGCCUGGCAGGACGAUUCCUCUGGACGUCUCCGGCGACUGCUACCUCCUUUUCCAAGACGGCAAGUUUGUCGUCAAGGCCUUCCGGCUGUUUCACCGCAUCCCUUCCUUUGGCUUCUGCAUCCAGGAACACGAUCGUCCCGGAAAACUGAAAACAAAACUACUGAAGGAGCUCGGUCUUAAACCAGGCCCUCUGUACGGCCGUCUCAAAGCUGGCGAGUCUCUGGUUCUUGACAGCGGACGUUUACUGCAUCCCAGUGAGGUUCUGGAAGCAGACAUUCCCGGGAGGAAAGUCUGUGUGUUCGGUGACUGUAGCUCGGUGCUCGGUGAAGGAGCUUUCCGUCUGUGCGACAGGGCGGACGUUCUGGUCCACGAGGCCACGCUUGGGAACGAGCACCGGGAGAAAGCUGUGGACCACGGACACAGCACGCCUGAGAUGGCAGCGGCCGUGGCUCGGACUUGCUCUGCACGGAGGCUGGUCCUUUAUCAUUUCAGUCAGCGCUACAAACCCAGUUCCCUGCUGAAGGAGGGAGACGAGGACGAAGUCUCAGAGCUCAAGAAGCAAGCUGACCAGGCUUUGCUGGACAGUGGGGUAGAGGUGAUUCUGGCAGAGGACUUUUUGACCAUUCCCAUUCCUCUCAAAAAACAACUGUCCAGUUAAGGUUUGAUGUGAUGCAAGUGGAUAUGAUUAAUCUAACGUGUGUAAUUUAGUCCUCAAGAUUACAUAUCACUGACUUUCAUUUCCUUGUUCACUGUAAACCAAAAUGUUUCCCAGAUACACAAAUGCACACUAAAGCUUUUCUUACAAUGUUUUUUUUUUUCUCAAUUUUCUUUAAAGUAAAAAAAAAAAAAGGCAAAUUAUUCAAGUCCUCCAGCAGGUUCUGGCAUAACUUCUGUUUGAUGGCAAAUGAAGGUUAACUUCCUGUACUGCAGUAAAUGUUUGCUAAUAACUCAAGUAUAUAAUGACAAGGCAUUAGGAAACUUCCACUAGGUUAGCCUGAUUAAAAACCAGCUCCUUGUUCUUCGCUUUGCUUCAAACAGCGAGUCUGAACGCCCGGCUACUGAUAAAUGACCGCUUGCUGGAGGGUUGGGCUUUUAAUAAACCUGCAGUGUAGGAGUGAAUGUUUUAUUAGAUGUUCAAUAUUUAUCUUUAAGAUAACAGUUCUCACUUUCUUCUACUUGCUGGACAAAUCUCCCUGUCAAACUUUCACCUCAGGUAUUUAUGUUUGAGGAGUGGAGAGCUGGCUAUCACUGUUUUCAUCUUUAGUAGAAGUUAUGAAUUGAUGCUUAAUCAUGCUUUGGUAACUUUUAUCUGCAUUUAUUUUUUUGAUGCCUUUUUCAAAAUUCUCAAUUUCAGUCAGAUGAAUCUUACAAGUUGUGACUGUUAGCUUGACACCCAUUUUUCUUCUACAGCUUUUUUUUUUUUCUUAAUUUCAUUGUUCAAUAUGCUGACCUUUCUGUAAUAUUACUAAAGACAAAAAAACAGUAUUCAAUCAUCUCUGAAGUUUUUCCAGAGCUUUAUUUCUGGAUCUGUACACAAGGUAUUAAAGUACAACAGAAAAUACAAAAUAAUGUUUAACAAAAGAAAAAAAAAACAGCAAUGUUUAUGUACAAUUCUUAUAAACAAUAAAGAUAGCUUCUUGAACAUUU